AGCGUAGGCAGGGUUUGUUUCCAGGAAGUGAGUGGCGUGUCUCCAGGCCUCGCAUUAUUGUUAAGUGAAGUUUUUGCUUGUCAUCUUACGGCUAAUAUUUAUUUGGCCUUUUCUUAAUCCAGCAAUAUGGGUGAUGAUGAAGAAAAGUAUGAUGGCAUGCUGCUUGUUAUGGCACAACAACACGAAGGAGGGGUACAAGAGUUAGUAAACACAUUUUUCAGCUUCCUUCGCCGCAAAACUGAUUUCUUCAUCGGCGGCGAGGCAGGUGCUCCGGAGAAGCUUGUCAAAGAUGCUUUUGCCCAUCACAAUAAGCUAGCACAGAAGGCCCACAAAGAGAAGCAAAUUAAACAAGAGAAGGAAAUGAAAGAGAAAGCCGAAAGAGCUGCCAAGCUCGCAGAGGAAGAGAGAAAAAAGAAAAAUGACGACGGUCCUAGAAUUCAGGAACUUACUGAUGAAGAAGCAGAGAAACUUCAGUCUGAACUCGACAAGAAGAAGAAUGAAGAGGAGAAAACAGUCAAAGAAAAAUCAUCUGACAAAGAAGAGAAAGAGAAGGGGUCUGACUCAGAAGGGGAGGAGGAUGAGAAGGACAAAGACAAACUGAAGCCUAAUGCAGGAAACGGAGCUGACCUGCCAAAAUACAAGUGGACACAGACCCUGUCUGAAGUUGAUCUGGCGGUGCCUUUUGAUGUCGUGUUCCGCCUAAAGGGGAGAGAUGUAGUGGUGGACAUCCAGCGACGCUCCAUCAAGGUCGGCCUGAAGGGACACCCUCCUGUUAUUGAAGGCCAGCUUUACAACGAGGUGAAGGUAGAGGAAAGCUCCUGGCUCAUUGACGACGGCAAGGUUGUUACAGUCCACUUGGAAAAGAUUAAUAAAAUGGAGUGGUGGAGCAAGAUUGUAACGACAGAUCCAGAAAUUAAUACCAAGAAAAUCUGUCCAGAGAACUCAAAGCUGUCAGACCUCGACGGAGAGACACGUGGGAUGGUAGAGAAGAUGAUGUAUGACCAAAGGCAAAAAUCAAUGGGCCUGCCUACAUCUGAGGAGCAGAAGAAACAAGAAAUUCUUAAAAAGUUCAUGGCUCAGCACCCAGAGAUGGAUUUCUCUAAAGCCAAAUUCAGCUGAGCCUUGAUGCCGUCAGCUUCACCUGGAGGAUCCGUACUAUAAUUCACAAUCAUUUUAUCAAAGCCAACAUCAGGCGUCACCAACUCCCCUUCAUCUGUUCUCUUCAUACUCUGCAUGGUUUUGUUGACUAAUGGUCUUAAGUACAUACAUUCAGGCCCUUUUUGUUGUCAUGAUAACAAGUUUUGAUGACUGUAAAACCCACAUUCUCCAUUUGCAUGUUGUCUCCAUAUUUAAGAUGUGACUGGAUUUUGUAAUAAAUGGCUUUUAAAUCAAA